AUGAAAAAAGAAAACGCUUCUUCAGGUACCUACUUUGUGCUCCAAGCACUAUCGGACAAUCCCCAAAUACAAUGCUUUGUAUUCAUCUCUUUUUUGGCAAUCUACCUUCUAAUUUUGCUCGGGAACUCAGCCAUUAUGGCUGCCGUCCAUUUGGACAGCAACCUGUCUGGGGCCCCCAUGUACAUGCUCCUGGGCCACCUCUCCUUUCUGGAUAUGUGCUACACCACAGUGACUUUCCCCAAGAUGCUGGUGGGUCUUCUUCUGGACGAUCAAACUAUAACAUUUGGCGGCUGCUUCGCCCAACUAUUCUUCUUUAUCUCAUUUGGGCAAACGGAGAGCUUCCUCCUGGCGGUCAUGGCCUACGAUCGUUAUGUAGCCAUUUGCUGUCCUUUGCACUACGUGGACAGAGUGACAAGAUGGUUGUGCGUUUGCCUAACAGGUUUGUCGUGGUUUAGUGGCUUUCUGAAUGCGGCCCUGCACACCGGUUUGGCUGCCCGCUUGUCCUUCUGUUCCUCCAACCAAAUUGGCCAUUUCUUCUGCGACAUCACACCAUUGCUGAAGAUAUCGUGCGUGAGCACUGUGUUGAAUGAGAUUGUGAUAUACGUGGCCGGCAUUUUCAUUGUCUGCACUCCAUUCUUAUGUAUUCUGCUGUCUUAUGUUUAUAUUCUCCUCGCGAUAAUCAGGAUUCCAUCUGCGAAAGGUCGGCACAAGACGUUCUCCACCUGCAGUUCCCAUCUAACCGUGGUUUGCAUGUUCUACGGCACGGUCCUUCUAAUGUACAUGCGCCCAGCCUCCUAUUCCGGGGAACAUGAUAAGAUAUUUGCUUUGCUGUAUACAUUCAUCACGCCACUGCUAAAUCCAUUUAUUUAUGGAUUAAAGAGUAUGGAGGUCAAGGAGGCUUUCAAGAAAUUCAUUUUGCAUGGACGGACAUGGAGGCAGCCAUACCGCCACAAUCUCAGACAGGCUGCAUCACAUCAACACUGGCUCUGGGCACAAAAUGGCAGCACAUUCUCCCCGGUAGCCAUUUAUAGCAAGCAAAGGACAAAAAAUGUCACACCAUUGCCACUAGCUGAAGUGGAGGAUGAUGGGAGCCACUUCAGCAUAAGCUUGUAG